UUUCGUUGAAGCAGGCGGACAUCUCGAGAGUUGACAGUGAGGCUGUUGAUAAAUAGAACAUUUUUGAGGAAGUGUCUUUUCAGGAAAUCCAACACUAUGUGGAAACAAACUGAAAGAGAAGGCGCACAAUGAAAGACGAGUGAAGAAGGCAUCAGAAUUUAGUCAUAUAAAAACAAAAACUAGCAUGGAAUCUCAUGGAUUUUCCUUCUUGUUUUCUUGGAUAUAUGUGUUUUUCAAUUUGGCUCUAUGUGCAGGAAUGAAAGCACCACGCAUAUCAGUGCUGGAAAACAGGGUCUUUGUGGCCGUUGCUGGCGAAAGUCUCACCGUUAACUAUGAGCUGCUCACACCGGCAAACCAUAGUGGAGGCACCUUGAUAUGUUUGGCUCCUGAUAAUAAUGUGAUCCAUGAUUAUGAAGUCUCCCAGACUGGAAUAAUUGGAAAAAAGACGAAACACAGUGUGUCUCUGACAAACCUGAAGAAUUCUUCUUCAGGAGAGUAUCAGUGCACAUAUAAAACAGCCCGUGCUUACUGGUUUCUUCUAGUAAGAGAUGAGGGCUACAAGGAGCACAUGCACUGGGAUUGCACAGAAUAUAUCACUUUGGGUAUCUGCAGUGGUGUGCUGCUCAUUUUCAGUGUGGUUGGCUCAGUUUAUGUCUACAGAGGACAAGUGAGUAAGAAGGAUGCAAAAUGUUCCACAAAUGGUCAAAACACAUCAGUGAACAGAGUUGAAAGCACGGAGAGCGAGACAGCAGAAGGCAACUUGGACGAAGUGACAUCUCCAUCUACAUCUUUCUAUGCUAGUCUGGAGCCUCGGCCUCAGUCCGUCUACCAAGUUUUGGAUCACUCUGCUGCCACCAGAAAGCCGGAAACAGACAGACAAAGGAAACCGAAGCCCAAACCAAAGAGUGUCCACGGAACAGUGGACCAAAGCACGCACCAUCAAGACAAAGGCAUACUGGACUCUGUUUACGAGAACUUGUGAAUUCUAAAAAUGAAUUCCUCACAUCCUGACAGUUGAGCGUCCUACUUUACUGUGUCAUGAUGACCUGUCACCAACUUUAGAAGAGAAAAUAAAUGUGUACCUGUCAUCUGCUUCAGUCUAAGAUGUAUAAGAGCCCAUUUAUACUGAAAAAUAAAUAGAUGAAAUGUUAUCAAGGGUAAAAUACACUUGGUAUUUCACACAUUUUAAUUUGUUUAUUUCAAAUAAUAAAAAAAUAAAUAAAA